CUGAUAAUCAUGGAGCCAUAUUUUGGUUUUAAGCAUGUGCAGCAGGACUAUGAAGUCACUCUUGAACUUGCAAGUGAAGAGACUCAAAAAACUAGAAAUGCACAAAAUUCUAGGACGGGGUCUUAUGGUGUCAGUAUUAGAGUCCAAGGAAUUGAUGGACAUCCUUACAUAGUACUAAAUAAUACAGAAGGAUGUUUUUCAGAAAAUUCUCCUCCUCCUGGAAAAGAACAGCAGGUCAUUUCUCAGACUGUAAGCAAGCCAGCCACAGACUCCAAUACUGCUUUUAAGUUGGAGGACAAAAACAGUGAACACACAAAAUUUCCUGGAACACAGCAUAUGCAACCCUGUAUGCUUAAAAGCCUGAAGAUAACCAAAGUGGAUGAAGGGGAAAAUGGAAUAUCAGAUUUUAAAGAUGGAACAAUGAAGUCCUCCAAUUUAUUGAACUUUCAAAGACAUCCUGAACUUUUACAGCCUUAUGAUCCUGAAAAAAAUAACUUGAACUUGGAUAAUUACCAAUCUUCUGUGUGUAGUAAAUCUAAAUCUUUUGAAGAUGAAAAAACUGAAGCAAAGCCUUGGAUUUCCUCAUCUAAAGUAGUCUCCCUACAGAAAACAAAUACAUAUCUCGCAGAGCCAACCAAAGCAAAUUCAAAAAAGAUACAUUUGAACAGGUCAGUAGAAGUCAAAGACCAAAAUAAGCAGCUGUUGGAUUGCCCCAGUAGCAUGAUCAGCUCCAACGAAGUGUGUGUUUCAGAAUCAUUUUCAUCUGCAGGAGGAUCCCCAUGUGUUAGUCCCACUGCUUAUUCAGAGACUAGAAAACCUAGACCAGAUGUUCUUCCCUUCCGCAGACAAGAUUCAGCUGGGCCAGUAUUGGAUAACUCACGAAGAUCAUCAUCCUCAUCAGCUACUCCCACUUCUGCAAAUUCCUUAUACAGAUUUUUACUUGAUGACCAAGAGUAUGCCAUCUAUGCAGACAAUGUUAAUCGUCAUGAAAACAGAAGAUAUAUCCCUUUUUUGCCUGGAACUGGUCGUGAUAUUGACACUGGUUCACUUCCAGGAGUAGAUCAGCUAAUUGAAAAGUUUGAUAAGAAAGUUGAUCCUCAUAGAAGAGGUAGGUCAGGAAAAAGGAAUAGAAUUCAUCCAGAUGAUCGUAAAAGAUCAAGAAGUGCUGAUAGUGCCUUGUCCUUAGGGCUUGAUGUAAAUUCAGGUUAUUUAGGUGAAUUCAGUAAAAGCUUGGGUAAGUCAACUGAGCACUUGCUGAGACCAUCUAAAGUUUGCCUUCACAAGCGGUUAUCCAGAGAUCAAAAGUCACCUUCCACAGAGAUGAAGAUUUCUGCUCGAAGUAUUGGAAAACUGCAAAUGCCUGAUAAAGAUACUCGGAACAGCAAUUUCAAUUCUUUGCAAUACCAUAGACAAAAUGGAGGUGAUACUGAGAGUUCGAUGUUUAGGUCGUCUACGCUCCCAGGACAGAAUAAGAGAGAGGAAGUUAGAACAGUAACUUCUACUUUGUUGUUGCCAAACCGAAUCACAGUUCCACCUGAUUCAGAAGCCAAGAAAAUUGCUGUAAAAACAUUUUCACCUGUCCCUAAUAUACAGGCAACUCCUGAUCUCUUAAAAGGCCAGCAAAAUCUUGCACAGCAAACGAAUGAAGAGACUGCUAAACAGAUACUUUACAAUUACCUUAAGGAAGGAAGUGCUGAUAAUGACGAUGCGACAAAGAGGAAAGUCAACUUGGUUUUUGAGAAAAUUCAGACUUUAAAGUCAAGAGCUGCUGGAAAGACACAGGUUUCUGAUUCUUCGGCUGAAGUAAAAGCAUUGGUGGAACAAAAAGCAGAACUUGAAAGAAAAGUUGAAGAAUUAGAGAAGAAACUGGAUUUAGAAAUUAGGAAUCAGCAAAAUUCCAAAGAAGAGAGAGAUGCUACACAAGCAAGCCUGAAAGAUCUUCAGUUGCAACUUGAUGAAAGUAUAUGUGAAAAAGAAGCCUUAAAAAAGCAGCUGGAAGAAAGUGAGAAGGAACUCAGGCAAAACCUAGAGGAGCUUUUUCAAGUGAAGAUGGAGCAGGAACAACACCAGACUGAGAUCAGAGAUCUUCAAGACCAGCUCUCUGAGAUGCAUGAUGAACUGGAUAACGCAAAGCAUGCUGAUGAAGGGGAGAAGGAGGUUCUGAUUGAGGAGCUGAUGCAAAUGAAGCUGGAUCUGCAAGAAGUAUUAAUAGCAAAAGAUCAACAAGAAGAGAUUUUGAGAAAGAGAGAGAGAGAGCUUACAGCUUUAAAAGGAGCACUGAAAGAAGAAGUAUCUAGCCAUGACAUGGAGAUGGAUAAACUUAAAGAGCAACACAAUAGAGAAUUGCUCAGUCUACAACAGAACCUGGAGAAAGCAACAGAGAGUGCUGCUGUCCUUGCCAGUGAAAGAAACGCCGCACAAGAGGUGCAAAAUAGUAUAGAAAAUCAAGUCAAAGAGCUGACUGAGGAAAAUGAACGAUUGAAGACAACAGUUAAUGACCUAGAGAGUAAAACUGAAGAGUUGCACAAGCAAAUUGAUAAUAUGAAAGAAGAAGAAAAAUCAGUGAAGAAAAAAAUAAAGAGAUACGAGGAAGAGAAGCAACAAUUAGAAGAAGCUUUGAAACAUGCUGAAAAACAGGCAAAAGAAUUGGCAGCGUUAAAAAGGUCUUUGGAAAGCCAACUAGAAGAUAUGCAGGUAAGAACAAGAGCAAUUUGA